AUGCCACGAGCUUGUGCCAACCUCUUUGAGCACCACAUGCCCUCAGCGCAGGCAGAAGCUGAUUUGUCCGCGGCGGAGCGUACACAAAGAGAUCGAGGUGAAGAAGAGACCAAUGGAAAGAUCGGCCGCUUGUGCAGACUCUACUUUCAACAAACAAACAACUUCAGAGCACAAUUAGCAGCGUUGAAUGGGCAGAACCGCGAUCUUUUACGUCGACUCGAGCCUAAUCAUGACGCGAAUGACGAACCCUUACCGGGCCUCCAAUUCUACCUGCAGCCGUUAGUCCAUGAGGUGGAAAGCCUCCAGGCUGAGAAGAAUUCCCUGUCCGAUCGGCUUGAGGUGCUCCAAUCGACGCAGUUUUCACAGUACGAAAGAUGGCGAAUUGCUUGGGAUGAUUCGAGCGAGGACGAAUUUGCUCAAGCAGCAAGUAAAAGUAAGACUUCAUCGCACGUAAAGUCGCUCAAUCAUGGCGGAAAACGAAGUCGCAAACUUCGACGACAGGUUCAAAAGCUUAAACGACAAGCCGGCCAACUGAGCAGACAAGCGUCGAAAGAUGCCGCCGACGCCAAGGCGUUGCGACGGGAGAACCAAGAACUGCGUUCACAGAAUCUUCAGGUCGACCAAUACACCACGCAACAAGCAGUGAUCCUUGCGGAGACCGAGGCCAGGCUACUCGAUUGCCAAACGCGUAUCAGCAGCCUUGAGGCUGAAAUGGUUUCCCUGAAGCAGCAAAGCAAUCGCACUCAAGCCCAGAAAGAAAUGAACGAUCAAGGUACCGUAGCACUACCUCCGACCCCGGCCUCUUCAGAUCGUAUGCCCGUCUAUGAUACCUGUGAAAAUCCUGUGAAAACCUCGUUGGAACUGGUAAAAGACAGACUUGGAUUGUUAGCCGAGCAACUGCAGCAUCUAAGCUCAUGUCAAGUCUUUGGUACAGGCGACGCAGCGCCGAACACACCCAUCGACGCUUUUGGAGCUCGGAAAUGA